AUUUAAACACCUGCAUUUUGUACUGACAUUCCUCAGAUUUCUCUGCACAGUUUGUUUGUGCUUGCUUCUGUAACUCUUUUUCGUCAAUCAAUAUUUGAUUGAUUUUUCUUUUUUCAUUGUCUCAAAGCUAAAGCUUUACAAUGAAAAGAAUGGAAUUUUGUGUGAGGGGAUAGUGAUACUUUGGUGGGACUGGAGAUGGACAGGAGGAGCUGGUUAUGGAGAAGGAAGUCGUCAGAGAAGAGUCCCGGGGAAACAGACAGUUCAGGGUCCAUAUCUUCUCGUUCUGAAAGAUUCUCUGAUGAUCAGGUAUAUCCCAUUCAUAAUCCUCAAUCACCAGAAGUUACAUCUAAGUCUGUACUCACCGAUGAAGACCAUAGUGACAAUGUGAGGACUUUGACAGAGAAACUAUCUGCUGCUCUCCUGAACAUUAGUGCCAAAGAAGAGUUGGUAAAGCAGCAUGCCAAAGUUGCAGAAGAAGCAGUCUCAGGUUGGGAGAAAGCUGAAAAUGAUCUGUCAGCUUUAAAGCAACAACUUGAGGAUGCCACUAAGAAGAACUAUGCACUUGAAGACAGAGUUGGUCAUCUGGAUGCAGCACUGAAGGAAUGUGUGAGGCAGCUAAGACAAUCAAGAGAAGAGCAAGAUGAAAGGAUCAAUGAAGCUGUCACCAAGAAAAUUAGUGAAUGGGAAUCAACGAAGUCUGAGCUCGAGGCCCAGCUUGUGGAACUCCAGGCUCAGCUUCAAACUGCUAAAGAUGAAGCUACUACUUCAGCUGAUUCGGAUUUAUGGAAAAGGUUUGAUGCUGUAGAGAAAGAGAACAUGUCCCUUAAGCGCGAGCUCCUUUCUCGAGCUGAGGAGAUAGAGAUUAGGAUUUUGGAGAGGGACUUGAGCACCCAAGCUGCUGAAACAGCAAGCAAACUACACCUGGAAAGCAUAAAGAAGCUUGCUAAGCUUGAAGCCGAGUGUCGGAAGUUGAAAGCCAUGGCUCAUAAAGCAUCAGCUGCUAAUGAUUAUAAAUCUUUAACUGCCUCAUCAAUUGGUGACGAGUCUAUCACUGACAGGCAAUCUGAUAUUGGGGAGAGGCUACUGGCAGUUGAAAGUCAUUCAUGGAAGAUGAGUGGCUUGGAAAUGAAUGAAUGCGACCCAAGCUGCUCUGACUCACGGGCCUGUGCUCAUGCUACAGAAUUUGAUCAAUAUAAGAAUUGGAAGCCUAUUGGAAGAAACCGCACGGUUCAUUCUGUUGAAAUCAAUCUCAUGGAUGAUUUUUUGGAAAUGGAAAGACUCGCAGCUUUUCCAUAUACAUUAAGUGGAAGUUCUUACCUUGAGGCAGAAUCUGUAUCAGAUAAAGGCAAUGGUAGUGGAAACCCAUGGAAAGAAGAACUCGAAUCCAUGAUUAACAGGACUGCUGAACUGGAGGAGAAGUUGGAUAAGAUGGAAGAAGAAAAAAAUAAGUCAGAAAUGGCUUUGACUAAAUGCCAGAGGCAGCUCGAGACAUUAAGGAGUCACCUGCAUGAAGCAGAUACAAAGAUAGGGGAGCUGCAAGCUAAGUUAGCUCUUGCAAAUGAAUCAAGACAAGCUAGAGAGGAAGAGAUGAAGGACAUUGAAGCAAGGAGUGAAGAGACAAAAUCACAACUCAGAAUUGCUGAAGCUGAGAUCAAAACCUUGCUUUCUAAAGUUGUUUCGUUAGAUUCGGAGGUUGAGAAAGAGCGUGCCUUGUCAACUGAAAAUGCUGUAAAGAGCCAGCAGUUGGAGGCUGAGCUCUCAAAAAUGAAAUGUGAAACUGAGCUCCAGCACGAGAAUGAGCGCAGGCGUGUUGCCAGCUUUAAUGAAGAGUUGAAGAUUACACAGGGGAAAGAGCUAGCUGUUGCUGCAAGCAAACUUGCUGAUUGCCAGAAAACGAUCUCAUCUCUUGGUCUUCAGUUGAAAUCUCUUGCAACAUUCGAAGACCUCUUGUUUGAUUCUGAGAAAUCCUCAGAUGCCAGUAGUGAAGGAUUAAAGGCUCAUGCUGAUGAUGAACAACAGAGACCUGAUCCUAGAAAUCUAUCUUCAGGUAGAGAUUCUGAAGCCUUCCAAGUCAGUAGAGGUGCUUUAAGAUCAAAGAAAGGAAGUAAUAGGGAGUCAUCAUUAUCAUUAAACUCGAGCUUUGUUUCUGAAAAGAACAGAAAUGGAUUUGGAAAGUUUCCCCCCAGAGGUCUUAGUAGGGUUCGCAAUGAAAAUUAGUAUAUGACGAGUGAAAUUUAAGGAAACAACUAGGUAUUAAAUUUUUUCCAUUGUAAAGAAUUCAUUCUUGUCGUAAAGAAUGUAGAUUCCUUCAUUUGAA